AUGGAUUUUCUUUUGAAUAAGAUCGAUAAACACUUGGACAACCAUAGAAGCCUUGACCAGAACAUGAAGGAUCUAAAAAGAAAAUUGGAGGAUUUAAAUGCCAUGAAGGAAGACACUGAAUCAAGAAACAGGGUAGAGCUGCAUCCAGGGAAGAAACUCAAGAAAGAAGUUCAUCUAUGGUUGGGAAAUGUUGAAAGAAAAAAUGGUGAGAUACAAAACCUUGAACAAAUAGUUGCAGAAAGCAGUACCGUCUCACGUGGAUUUCACACAGAAAAUGUUUUAAAAAUGAUAAAAGAAGUUGAGGAACUUCUUCAACAAGGCGAGUUUGAUCAAGUUGGGAAAGCUGCAGAGAACUGUAUGGAAGAAAUUUGGACAUGCUUGAUGGAUGAUGAUAUUCGAAAGAUUGGAGUUUGGGGAAUGGGAGGAGUAGGUAAAACAGCAAUCAUGAAAAUCAUCAACAACCAACUUUUAAAAGAGAUUAAAAAAUUCAACAGUGUGAUAUGGAUCACUGUAUCAAAGGAGAUGAACAUCUCCAAAAUUCAAGAAAGCAUCUCAUGUGCAAUGGGAGUAACCCUUCCUAAAGAUGAACCAAUAAGGGCAGGAAAGUUACUCGAAAUGUUGACUAAAAAAGGUAGGUAUGUGUUAAUCUUAGAUGAUCUAUGGGACAAACUGUCUCCCGAAGAAAUUGGAAUCUCCGAGCCUUCUAAUGGGAGCAAGUUAGUGGUAACAACUAGGAAGUUGGAUGUGUCGCUAUUUAGACUGUCGAGAAGUAACAAUGUCCACUCUUCUAGAACAAGAUGCAUGGAGUUUGUUCUUGGAGAAAGUAGGUAG